GGAUGAGUCAGCUAGUCCCUUUCUGAACUUUGGCUCAAGCGAGGAGUGAGCCACUCAUCAGCCACUCAUCGCCACCCUAUUGCACGCUUGGUAUAGCCUCCUUUCGGAACUGACUGGCGUUUAUAUCCAUACCACGCGGAGACGAAGAAGCUGGGCCAUAGAAGCUCGACAAGACAAAAGAUUGCCACUCCAACCAAACAAAAAUGGGCUUGAUAUGAACGAAACUACGAUCCCUCUGUCGGAGCCCAAUCGAUGACACUGAAUGCGACAGAAAGCCGCCACCAGACAUGUUGCCCAAACAGCUCCAAUCCAGAAGCUCAGCCAUCGCACGCGAUUUACAAGGCAGCAUGUCGAGUAUACGAAAGAUGCCGCCACCAAUACCCAAAUUAAAGUUUCCUCCAGCCGGCAUGUCAAAGAGGAAUAUCCCAGGGAUUGAUAUACUACAAAUUAUGUGGUCUCCAGAACACAUUGUACCAAUAAACUCCAAAACACAACUCACCAAUCCCGCACAUCCUAGGCAUGAAAUCACGAAGCGCAAAUGGGAAGCUCGCACUGAUCCUCUGUGGUGGAACUGCCUGACUUCCAAACAAGUCAGUGCGAGGAGUGUAGUUCGUUCGUGGGUCAACAUCAGGGCAAGACUGGCAAUUGUGAAUGCGCUGAAGCGGAAGGGGUACGAUACAAAUGGCUACAGGAUUGACGGUAAUUGUGACGAGGCCCCCAAGCCCAACCUCGUAGGCAGCUUACACUUCAUUACGCGCCCUGAGAUUCUACGUGCGAAGUGGCCAGAGAUGGAGGAGCAGGCCGACAAAAUUAUUGCUGAGGUUGAGCGACUGCAAACGAAGAAGGCAAAGCCGAAAGGGAAAAAGAGGACGAUAGAAUGAUACCCAAACAAAGCACAAAGAACGUGGAUCUGCAAUGCCGCAGGUCAUAUUAAACAUGUAAACUAUGAAUACUGUACAAAUAGUAGUUGUAAUUAAUGUACUACCAAGUAAUUUUAUACAAGCGUGGAUGAUCGCGCGCAAGGAAGUCC